CUAGUGGUUGCCCUUUCCUAUUUUUCUGCUGAUUUUUCAAAAUUCAAAUUGGCAUGUGUUGGAUAAAACAAUUUCCUUCCACUACUACCAUUCCUGAAGUAUAGCUAUCGCUUCCUCCUCUAUGCAAAAACAUAUAUGUUGAGUCUCAUUUGGAACAAUCGAAGAGGAUCGGGACCAUCUCAAAACCUAUAUUCAGACAACAACGUGGGACCUCACCCACCCUUCUGGAGAAGACGCGUAUCACUUGUGGGGCGUUGAGACAAGAAUCGCGUCGUUCAAACAGGAUGUCAAGGAAUAUGAAAUGCACUUGACCGAUACCACGAAACUCGAAGAAAGCCUUCUCAAUAAUGUCUUACUAUAACCAAAUCUCUCGCUCUCUCAUUUUUUCCUGAAUCUCGUAAAUCACACACUAUUCAAGGACUGUCUGUGGAAAAAGUACCAAAAGGGUAAAAUUAUCACUCUACCACUACUCACUUGACCGAUAUCACGAAACUUGAAGAAAGCCUUCUCAAUCUACCGUUCAUUGAUCGGAUCAAUGUCACUCUGAAAUGCGCACGAUUGGCCGAUCUAGUUCCUGCUUCUUUGAUCAUCUCUAAAAAAUAUUCUUUGGUAAUUACUCGUAUUAAUCAUGACCGUUGUAAAAUUUAAUACAAUAAUAAAAAUUAUAAUUGAUCAUUUU